AGUGCCCUACUCUCGAUAGAAAAUCUUUCUUAUUCUACGCCAUAUGUAGUGUACUAUAUAGGCACUAAGGUGCGAUUUGGGUUAGGGUUGAGAGCUGUUGCGCCUCAGAUAAGUUCCUGAGCGGAGAGCUAUCAGUCCAGCAGUGAGACAGACAGCGCACAGAGGAGAAGAGAAGAGAAGAGAGGGAGGAGAGAAGAGGAGAGGAGACUGGAGAGGGGGAUUCAGGGGAUUUCUUUUUUUACCCAAACGGAUAAAGUAAAGGAUUCUUCAGCAGUUAUGGCUACUGAAACGACGUCUUGUACAGGCUCCACUUUGCUGCAGCCCCUCAGCGACAUGAUAGACCUUCCUCUGGAUCAGGUGAACUUUGUGGUCUGCCAGCUCUUUGCCCUGCUCACAGCCUGCUGGUUUCGGCUCUAUCUGCACCCCAGCAAGACCAGUCCCUUUAUCCGGCAUGUCGUGGCCACACUGCUGGGCUUCUACCUGGCCCUCUUCUGCUUCGGCUGGUAUGCUUUACACUUUCUGGUUCAGAGUGGACUCACAUACGGUAUCAUGAUCUUCACUGGGGUGGAGCACAUGCACAGAUACUGCUUUGUGGUUGCUCUGGGCUACCUCACCCUCUGCCAGAUCACCCGGGUCUAUGUUUUCGACUAUGGCAUGUACUCAGCAGACUUCACGGGGCCCAUGAUGGUAAUCACACAGAAGAUCACCAGUCUGGCAUUUGAGAUCCAUGAUGGUCUAACAAAGAAGGAAGAGCAUCUCAAGCCUACGCAAAAGUAUCUCGCUGUCAGGAAAAUGCCAAGUCUUCUAGAGUAUUUGAGUUAUAAUUGUAACUUCCUGGGCAUCCUGGCUGGCCCCACAUGCUCCUUCAAUGACUACACAGCCUUUAUCGAGGGGACGGGCUACCAGCACAAACACGUGGAGUCAAAUGGCAAGGAGAAUGGCAAAUUCAAGCAGAGCGACCCCUCACCAAAGAGAGACGUGCUGGUGAAGCUGGGCACCUGCGCUCUUUGCUUGCUGGUCUAUCUAACCUUCUAUCGCAUAUGUCCUGUGGAGCGCGUCAUUGACGACCCAUUCAUCACCUCCCAGCCUUUCUACCUGCGCAUCCUCUACCUCUACCUGUCCAUGCUCAGCCUGCGGCCCAAGUACUAUUUCGUAUGGACACUGGCUGAUGCGAUAAACAAUGCUGCUGGAUUUGGCUUCAAUGGUUACCACAAAGACGGCACUCCACGAUGGGACCUGAUAUCAAACUUGAGAAUACUGGACAUAGAGUUUGCAACAAGUUUCAAGACAUUCCUUGACAACUGGAACAUUCAGACAGCACUUUGGCUUAAAAGGGUGUGUUAUGAGCGCUGUCCGUACCACCCUACAGCAGCCACCUUCCUGCUCUCUGCCAUGUGGCACGGAGUGUACCCAGGAUACUACCUCACCUUCCUCACGGGCAUCGCCAUGACACUGGCAGCCCGGGCAGUAAGACAUAACGUAAGGCAGCACUUCCUGGGUUCCUCCACACACAAGCUCAUCUAUGACGUGAUUACGUGGGCCAGCACGCAGAUCGCUAUAUGCUACACAGUGGUACCAUUUGUUGUGUUGGCAGUGGGACCUUCACUGAAGUUCUACUGGUCAUGGUACUGCUGUCUGCACGUGAUUUGCAUGCUGCUGGUCCUAGCCCUUCCUGUGAAGCGCAAAUCAUCACGCGAGAAGCUGCAGGAAAAACAGAACCAGCCAGCGGAGGGGAGCGACUUCUCCAGCACAGACAGCAACUGCAACCAGAAACAGAAAACUUCCUGAAGAACACACACAUCCCUCCACCUCUUCAACGCAGAGCUGUGGAGAACUCGCAUCAAGACUGAUGAGCCAGAGUGGCUCUUUUCUCUCCCUCCAACCUAACCCGAAAGGGAUGUUACUAAAACGUGAAUAAGGAUAGACAAACGAGUGUGGUGAGCCUCAGAGAAUGACGCUGGGGCUAAUCGUGCUUCGGUUUACAAUGGGGAAAAUCCUUCAGUGUGUUUUGACCAGUUUGAGGCUCUAAUUGGUCGCAGUGAUUUGCUAACAAGAGGAAUCGAUUGGGUCUUAAUGGAGCUUAACAAAUACAAGUUGCCUUAAAAACCCUCUAUUUACUAUCCAAUGCUCAGCACACUGGCAUGGAGAUCAUUUGAGGAAGGAACAUAUGAGGCCAGAUCUUGCAGUACUUAGAGGGUUUUUUUAACCAUCAUCUAUUCAAUAUACCUUGUUUUUUUUUUUGGUGUUUUUUUUUUGGUUUAGUUUUUUUGUGUGUGGGGUUUUGAUAAAGGAAUUUGUUUGAUGCCAAUCUCUCAUAGGCCUUAGUUUCCUGUUUUAAGCAGUGGUCUCUUCUUUACAGGAUCUUUUUUUUGUUGUUGUUCUUGUUGAUCUGUUUGAUACAUAUCUGCUGCUGUCUUAGGGAGAGGCAAACUUCAUUUGGAACGAGGGGUAACUUCUUUAUAAAAGAUUGUCAUUUCUUUUUAUUGGUUUUGUUUAAGGGCUUUCUGUUCGCAUUUUGCUCUCAGUUUCUUCAGGGCUCGGAAAAUUCAGUUUAGAAGCUUUUAGUGUCUCUGCCAUUACAGUCAUUAACAUCUGACGUCACAGGAAGCACACUGAAAGCAUGUAUUGUGGUGUAUUUGCUAUAUUUGCUAACCAAUUUGUCAUAUCUGGAUUUGUAUUCCGUUUUUCUACCGUUGCAUAUUAAAAGGAAGGACCGUCGCAUUGUACCCUUGUUUACUAUUAUGGCACACAUUUGGCGUUGGUCAUCACCAACAUCACAUUCAGUUUGAUCUGGAGUGAUGUUGAGUUGUGAAGGAUAUUUGUCACUUGGGGCCUUUAGGACACCUUCAACGAGUGUUUAGUCUUAGAGUCAGGAUUUUAGUACGUGUUACGGUGGAAAGGUAACGUCUGAGAAUUAGAAGUGUUAGCAGCAGAUGCAGUAGGGAAUUCGAUAGUGUUUAAGUUAAAAAUCACAAGCAUUCACAAUGAGGAAGGAACAAAAAUCACAAUGGUAAGAAAAAGGAUGAACAAAGUGCUUCUAAACACAAUCGAUUAUAUUAGUAAGAACAUGCGCAAACAAACCCGUGUGGCACAUACAGAAGAACAUUUCUGCCACACAAGAAAAAAAAACAUAUUUCCAUCAGCAUCUUGUUAUUAUACGAAACAUUGUGUUAUUAUGAGAAAUGCAUUUCGUUACGACAAACGCAUCAUAUUGCUACAAUAAAACAUCAUUACCACAAGAAAAGCAUUUUAUUGUGAGACAAAAAGCAUUAUGUUACUACAAUAAAACAUCGUUAUGACGUGAAAAGCAUUUCGUUAUUAUGAGAAAAGCAUCAUGUUACUACAAUAAAACAUUGUUAUUACACGAAAAGCAUUGCAUUAUUAUGAGAAAAGCAUCAUGUUACUACAAUAAAAACAUCGUUAUUACACGAAAAGCAUUGCGUUAUUAUGAGAAAAGCAUCAUGUUACUACAAUAAAACAUCGUUACUACGAGAAAAACAUUUUGUUGUUAUGAAAAAGUGCUAUUAUGAGAAAAGUAUUUGAUUAUUAGGAAAAAAGCAUCAUGUCGCUACAAUAAAACAUUGUUAUUAUGAGAAAAAAACAUUAUUAUUAGAAAACAUCUUUGGUAUUAUGAGAAAAGCAUCUGAUUAUUAUGAAAAAACUGUUUUGCUAUUAUGAGAUAAAUAUGUUAGAAGCACCACCUAACUGAUCACGUUUUCUAGUAAGAUGCUUUUCUCAUAAUAAUUUGGUGUUUUCAUGUAAUAACGAGAUCUUUUCUUGUAGUAAUUAGAUGCUUUUCUCGUAAUGAUGUGUUUUCAUGUAAUAACGAGAUCUUUUCUUGUAGUAAUGAGAUGCUUUUCUCUUAAUAACAAGAUUAUUUUCACAUAAUGAGAUAUUUUGUCACAAUAACAGAUGUUUUCCUGCAAUAAUGAGAUGCUGAUUGGGGAUUUUUCUCCUUGUGUUGCAGGAAUGCACUUUUGUAAGCACAUGCAAAGCCUGUAAGUAAAUAGUUGAUUAUGCCAUAUGUAUUGGUUUUUGCAUCAGCUAAUGUAAAGCCACAAUCAGGGAUUUAGAUGCCGUUUUAGUUUACAUCAACGUUUUAUUUCUAUUGUCCUGUUUAGGUGCAUAUUCUACCCUACUGUAUUUAAUGCGUAUAUAAACGAUCUCUGUUUAAAUACCUGAAGACGUCAUUAUUUUUAAGUUAAAGAACACACAGCAAACAAACUGAAAAAAGAACAUUUGCAGUUUGACUCCAUUUUCUUUUUAGCACUGAGAUACAAUUACCCAAAGGCCAAAAGGACAGAAACAGUAGAUAUCGUUUGAGCAGGACAAGUGUUCCAACCACAUAACCAGCACAUCAAUGCAAAACUGCUUCGUAUGUCCAAAGUGCCAAAUCACUGCACUGCACACUCUGUAAGGCUGAAACCACACACUCGCUGUGUUUAUACGUUGCGCAACAGGAUGAGAGGUUUUGCACUAAAGAAAUUAAAAAAGCGUAAUUAAUCUGGUCAUAUAAAAGAAAGUUAUUUUAAUUAAAAAGAAAUAUGAUUUAAAGAUAUGGAGAGUUUUUGUUCUCUCUGCUUUUUUUGCACUUUUGUUAAAGGAGACGUGGUGUAGCGCUAAAGUAGACAAACUGGCAGAACAAUGCAAGAGCAUGUCGUGGGCUGUUUGCUUUUUUUUUUAGAAACCCAACUUUUGUCAGAUAUUCCUUGAAAUGUUACAGUGGCAAUCUUUGGGGGGAAAAAAACUAAGGAAUUAUUAAAGAUUAAAGAUGCCAUGGCAAUGCUAUACCAUGUAAAGAAGCUUUUUUUAAAUGCAGACCAUGACAUUGUCAGUGUCUUUAAGUUUGAAUGUGUGUGAACACUUGUCUGGUGUAAAUAUUGACCAUUUGUUUGAAUUUGUAUUUGUUGAGCUUUUUGUGAGUCAGAUGUCCUCAGUUUUGUUGAUGUCCAUGUUAUUAAUAUACGUCACAUAUAACAGCUUUAUUCUGCUGUUGGAAUUGAGUUAUAGUCAUAUGUUUCACACAGUCAUCGUUCACAGGACCUCCGAUGUGUCAUGAGUGGAAGAAUGUGCUGAGAGUCUACUUUAAGUCAGGAUCAGGUUUUUCUCCCUCUUUAUCCACAGUUUGUUCAUAUUGAUUUGCAUUGAUAAAUUUAUUAAUGUGACUAUAUGCACCCUCUUAUAUCAUUCCCAAAGCCACACAAGUAUUACACAGUGUCACCUAAACACAGUUGAUCCCAUUAUAUGUAUUUAAUGUUGACUGGUUGUUUUAUCAUUUCCAUGACUUUUGUAUCAUCAGGUUCGAGCACUGAGGCUAAACUCCAGCCAGAGGUGUACAGCUGAGAUGUAAGUCUAUGUGUAGAUCUAAAAAUAGCUAAAUGUUUGAUGACGUUGCAUUAAUUCAUGAAAAAAAUCAUUCAAAGACCUGAAUUAAGUUCACUUAAAAGCCAGUAACACAGCCAGUAAAUGGGCAGGUCAUUUUAUUAUGCCCCCAAGCCAUGUACUAUCCAUUGUGCUACGCUAUAUAACCUGUACACGUUUCAUUUCUUUCACAUUUUUUCUUCCCAUUGCAUGAUAGAUAUGAUACGUUUGCUCUGUGACAGGGUUGGUUUGUUAAUUGCAGUCCACAAUGCAGUUUAAGGGUAGUUUUUUUUUUUGUUUUUUGUUUUUUUUUAGUUGGACUACAUGCUUUGACAUUUCUGCAAAGCCAAAAUUUGUCUUUUGUUAUUCUUAAUGUGAUUACAUAUGUUAUUAUUUUCAUCAUGAUCAUUAUAAUGUCCAGUGGAGAAUAAAACAAUGUUUGCUUUGUGGGAUUUGUUUAAUCAUUGUCAGUCUUUUUUUUUCUUGGGGAAAUGUCAAGAAUUUAUUUUAUUAUUAUUGUGUGUUUUUUUUAAUCUGGCUGACAUGAAUAUGGAGAUGGUUCUUCACACAUUUUCUAAACACUGUGAUUUUUACCUCAUUCAGAUUAUAUUUUAAAGAAAUAAUUGUAACAUUCUAACGAGUCUAGGAACUUUUUUUUUCGAAGUCGCUUCAUCCUGUAUUGUACGUCUUGUGUGUUUGACAGUGAGCUACUGAUUUACCCAGAUGAUUAAAAUGUUUAUGAAUGUG